AAAUCAUCAACAACCCGUUUAAAGAGAAACGCAUGUCGUUCACAUGUAAGCGGAUGAUGGAAAGCGGAGCUCAUUUAAUGGCUAUGUUUAUUUAUGGCUAGCAAGAAAAUAGAAACGAUGUUAAGUAGCGCACAUAAAAUACGCCUAACUCUGAGUCGAACGACUUAUACAACGGCCGAACCAAAGUUUUACCAUGAUGUUCGCUUGCUGCCGGAGAAACACCUUCCUCAUAACUCAUAAACGGCUACGACUGGGAUUCAGAUGUGCUUCCUCAGCCAGCAGCACCGCUGAGCCCGCUGACACCAUCUUCGCUCUGUCCUCGGGGCAGGGACGGUGCGGGGUGGCAGUGGUACGGGUCACCGGACCAGCGGCAGGUGGAGCUCUCCGCAGAGUGGCCGGCUUGAGCUGCGGGCUCCCCGCCCCUCGCACUGCCCUUCUGCGUAGCAUCGUUCACCCUCAGUCCAAGGAGGUGCUGGACCGCGGACUGGUACUGUGGUUUCCAGGCCCUCACAGCUUCACUGGAGAGGACAUUGCAGAGUUUCACAUACAUGGUGGACCUGCUGUCAUUAGUGGCGUCUUACAAGCCCUUGGAAGUCUGCCUGGGCUGCGGCCUGCAGAGGCAGGGGAGUUUACCCGACGUGCUUUCCAUGCUGGGAAGUUGGACCUGACUGAAGUGGAGGGGUUGGGGGACCUUAUCCACGCGGAGACACAAGCUCAGAGGCGGCAAGCACUCCGGCAGAUGGCGGGGGACCUUGGACACCUCUAUAAUGGUUGGAGUGAACAACUUAAGCGAUGCUUGGCGCACGUGGAAGCCUUCAUUGACUUCAGUGAGGGUGACCUCAUAGAGGAUGGAGUCUUAAAUCAAGUGGACAUAGCUGUACCCCAGCUGCAGAUGGAAAUAGAGAAGCAUCUGUGUGAUGAGAGGAGGGGGGAACGACUCCGCAGUGGAGUCCAAGUGGUCAUAGCAGGAUCUACCAACGCCGGCAAGAGCAGCCUUUUCAAUAUACUGUGCCAGCGUCCCGCUGCUAUCGUAUCUCCCAUAGCAGGAACGACCAGAGACAUUGUGGAGACUUCUCUCGACAUUGGGGGCUUUCCUGUCCUGUUAAGUGACACAGCGGGGCUGAGGGACACGGGCGACUGCGUGGAGCGAGAGGGCGUCCGCCGCGCCCGGCAGAUGGUGGGGCUGGCAGACUUGACGCUGGUGCUGGUUGACUCAAUGCAGCUUCCUCAAGAACCUCAGAUGGUUUCCGGUUUCCUGAGUGAAUACCUGAAGAAUGUGCUGCCCAGUGCAAAGGACCAUGAACAGGGCUAUGUUCUGAUCCUUAACAAAAGUGAUCUCCUCCCGAAAGAACAUAUUAGUAUGAUCCAGAACGUUCUCACCCAGACAUCUGAUAUGGCUCCGGUCAGCAUUUUGUCAUGCCAUAGCAGAGAAGGGCUGGACGAUUUCCUCACAUUGUUGCAGGACAGACUAAAGACACUGUGUGGAGACCCAUUGGCUGGCAGCCCAAGUCUGACUCAGACUCGCCAUCGAGCUCACCUGCAGAAGUGCGUGGAUGCGUUGAAUCAGUAUUAUGAGUACAGGGAUACAGACCUGGCACUGGCAGCAGAGGGACUGCGCUUAGGCCUCAGCAGCUUGGGUAGGAUCACUGGCAAGGUGGGGGCUGAGGACAUCCUGGAUGUGAUUUUUAGAGACUUUUGCAUUGGUAAAUAAUGAUGGUUUGAUGUGUUGAUAUAUUUUUUUCAUUUUCACUCAUCUUUAAAGUGUACUGUUUUGCUAUAUGUUACCACAGAUGUCAUUUAAAGAGGUUAUAUCAUAGAAAGCUGCAUUUCCCUUGCUUCUUUCUAAAUAGGUUAGAGGAACUAUGUAAACAUUGCUAAAGUUACAGAGCAUUCCAUUUCAUUCACUUUCUGGUCCACACAGUUUUUAUGUGUGGAAAAACGGGUUACAUAAACAGUCUGUGACUCUCUCAUGAAGCAGAAUUCUUUGCUUAGCCAACUAAUAACUACAUAGAUAUUAAUAAUAUAAGGCAGUUCAUCUUAAUCCAUUAAGCACCAACAUUGUGAUGCCUGUGUUGCUUAUUUUACUGUGGUUAAUGCUCGACCUUCUACAUAUUUACAUAGUGUAAGUAUUUUAAUGUUUUUUUCCACAAAAAAAACUUGACUACUUGACUCUUCCUCAUGUUUCACAUGCAUGGCUGGUUGUCAUAUAUGUCAUGCUUCAUGUGCACACAAAGAUUAAUCAUAGAGUAUAGAGACCUAAAUUAACAGACAAAGUUGUUAACAACCAUCAUAAAACAAGUUAAUUAUAUUGUGUUAAGUUUUAUGAAGCUGAAACUUUGUCAGGAAGUUGAUUGUGCAUUGUUAGGCUCCUGGUUCAAUUAAUUAGUUAAUUACCCGGUGCAGUUGGUGUGUUUUGAGCAAAUAAAACCAACUCACUGAUCUAACUGAGCUCCUUACCACUGUUUUAAAGGAUAAAAUUGGUUGGAAUCUGUUGGAUUUGGUUGUUUUUGUACAUAAAACCAAACCAAUUUUAAAAGUGAAAUGCAAGAGAAAAGGGUAAAAUAACAUUUUGUUAUGAGGGCCCUCAUACCACAAGGCCCGAGGUGGUACAAAGACUGGAGUUGGUCCUCUGCAGAUGCAAAAAUGAAAUGCCCUUGAAUAUGUAAUAACUAAACAAAUGUAAUAAAGGCCACUGAGCCCAUACUUAAAAUGAUUAAAAGCC